AUAUGUCAAGAUUGGUCAACAGAAAUCAUUCUCUUGGCCGACGUUUUUUUUACAGAAGUAUUAUUAAUUUUAUUUUUAGGCCAUAUUUAUUAGAAAAAUAAUGUGCUAAGAUGGCUGGUUUUGAUUACACUGGUUACAACAGGCCGUAUGGGUUGGAUCCCAACAGAGAAAGCAAUGAUUUGUACGAUUCCCGCUAUCAGCAAAUAUACGGAUAUCACACACCUAUGACUGAAGAAUACCAGGGUCCACCUCUUGUUAUGGAUGAUAAUUCUGAAGAAGACAACAAUGCAUAUGUUACAACAGCAAUAAGUGUUGCCAGUCUAAUCACUGAGAAUCUCCUCAGCCACCCAUUUAUUGUGUUAAGAAGGCAAUGCCAGGUUCACAAUAAUCUCCGCAACUACCAUAUAGUACCUUACACAUUAAUGCCAGUUGUGGCGCGGCUGCAUCGGCGACAGGACUUCACAACACUGUGGAAGGGCAUCGGCUCAACUUGCAUUGUCAAGGGGCUCAACUUAGCUGUGGAAGAUGUGGUGGCUAAAGCAACAGGGUGGCCCAAGGAAGUUUCAAAGUGCAAUUCAGUAUUGCGGUUCCUCCAACAUGUGACUCUAAAAUGUAUAAGCCUAGCGAUCAUCACGCCAUUCUACUCAGCAAGCCUGGUCGAGACAGUUCAAAGCGACAUAGCCAGCGACAAGCCAGCUCUCCUUGAUGUGUUCAGAGAAGGGUUCCUGCGUAUACUAGAGUGGGGAACGCCUAGCAGAGGCAGAAUGCUCCCUAUAUGGGCCAUAGUAGGACCGACGGCUGCUUUUGGAGUUACGAAGUAUUUAGCUCACAUAACAUUAAAAAGCAUAACGGUCCGUAUCCUCCGCUUCCAACAGCGCCACCGCCACGAGCUCAGCGACUCCUACAAUGUUAACUACAAACAGUCGCAAAACCCGCUCAUUGAGGAUAUCAACUUGAAGGCCAAUAUAUUCUCCUUCAUUACCAUGGAGAUAUUGUUCUAUCCCGUGGAGACGAUUAUACACAGGCUUCAUAUACAGGGUACCAGAACAAUAAUCGACAAUCUCGACACGGGUACUUCCGUGACACCGAUCCUGACCGGCUAUGAAGGCUUCAUGGAUUGCUAUAACACCACAAUAGCUAAGGAAGGCUUGUCGGGACUCUACAAAGGGUUUGGAGCCCUCGUGCUGCAGCUAGCGGCCCAUUUGGCCAUAAUCAAAUUGACAACCUUGGUUGUGUCCGAAGUGUCCAACCUUCUCAAACCUGCCAAGACUCCCACAAGUGAAGAUUCUGCUCCCUCCCAGCAAAAGUACCUGUUUAACUAGAGAUUUUAGACCAAUUUCGGGAUUCGUUUUAAGAGUAAUAUGCAGAAAUUACCUCUGUAUGCAAAUUAAUCAAUUUUUAUAUGGAUUGACAAACUUUCUGUCAUUGUUAACUGUGGAGAUAGCUGAGAAAAAGGGUGUACAAACUAUUGGUAAGGUGACAACAGGUUUACAAAUGUGCCCUUUUCAACCAAAAGGGUACUCAUUGUUUCUUGUCAGUAAGGCGCUAUUUCCAUAUAGCUUCAAUUAGAAAUCAACCUUAUCAACAAGCGACAAUGUGGUACCUUUUGGUUGAAAACGUCCCAAAUGUUCUUUAAUGAAAGUAGCCUUGCAAACUAUCCAUAAAUUGGCAGUGGAAAAAUACCAGUUGUUGGCAUAUCUGUUUUAGGGAAGUCAGAGCUACAUCCUUAAAAUAAUGUAAUAGAUGUCAACAAUGUUUCCAACCACUACUGACACUAGGGUGAUAUGGUAGUGUAUUGUAUUAUGGACAAAAGAUCAAAAACCCAGGACUCGCAUAGACGAGACUUUAGAAAAAUCGCAUUUUUGCCCUGGACACUGUACAAUAAUUGCUGAAAAAUUAAAUUAUAGGGAGACCCCUAAUAACAAGUGGUUCUUCUAAAAACCUGUCUGGAUGGACUCAAAAGUAAGAGAAAUUUGGGAAAACAUGGAAAGCCCUAGUUUAAUGUUACGCCUCAAUUACCAACAAUGACAUAAGAGUUGGCUCAUGGCCAGAGAUUUCUGCAAUUUGAUGACAAGCUAGGGACAAUAAUUUCACUAUACAGAUAUUUCCAUAAUUUAAGUUGUAUGCUGCUUUGUAUGGGACACUAUUGAUACCUGAUACACUUAACAUUAUAAAUACCAAGUUGACAUGAGUCAUCAUAUAGGGCAUUCCAGAAAAGUGUUGCUUAUGUGGCACUAUUUCAUUAACACUUCUAUUUGGUAUGAUAAUCAUAGAUAACUUAGCUUUAAAUUCAAUGGUAUGUUAUACAAACUUGCAGGUUGUUAAGAUAUCAGCCAUAUGCGUCACAUCCCUGACAAAGUACUUUUUGUGAAAUGCCCCACAUAUGAAAUUAAACAGGAUGAAAAUCUUUGAAUAUGUCUUUAGGAAUGUUAACAGCCAAGACCUUUUCAUUGUCCAAUUGCUGAUUGCAACUAUCUAAUCAUAAUUAUUAUAUCUGACUAGCCUUUCUCAUAAUUCCAAAAUCCAUUAUAGUAUAGUCAGGCCCUUACAGAUGAUGUAACCUUUUCAUUGUCCAAUUGCUGAUUGCAACUAUCUAAUCAUAAUUAUUAUAUCUGACUAGCCUUUCUCAUAAUUCCAAAAUCCAUUAUAGUAUAGUCAGGCCCUUACAGAUGAUGUAUAGUCAAUGUUUGUUUUUGUUUAUGUUUUUCUACAGUAGAUAGUUAAGUAAAAUGCUUAUAGUUCAAAACUGUAAAAAGAAGUUUUAAUCAUAAAAACCAAGUUGGAAAAGAGAUUCAAUAAACAAUUUGUUGCUA